ACACUACAGCACAUGUGACUCGAGCGAGAGAGGGCGAGAAACAGAGAGGUCGAAGAAAAACACGCGUUGCUGCUGCAGAAGUUUCCGCUGUUUACAAUAUUUACAAUAAUUUGAGAAGAAAACCAAGCCAGACGAAAUGUCCAGCUCCGGGAGAAAGCGCAAGCAGCAGCUGAAGCCGCGACAGGAUGACCACCGGUCGCCGGUAAAGCGGCGCAGUGUGGACAUCAAGACGGAACCUUUGGACGGCUAUCCGGCGCUGGCCGACUACGAUUUGAGCACUGCGGACAUCAAGCCGGAUCUCACGGAGCUCCAGCUGCAGCUGGCGGUGGAGCAGCAGGCGGACACCACCGCCAGUCGCUCGGAAUUGGAACACCAGGAGAGCGACUCCGACGAGGAUGGCUACUCGGAACUCAACUACCACGAGGCGGAUGUCUUCUGUCAGGACGAAACGGAUGACUACGACCCGGAUUGGAGCAGCCAACAGACGGGCUCCCGGUUGCUCUUCAAGUUCCCCACUCCCAGCCAGCAAACUGGCCUUAAAUUUGGUAAACGCUUCCAGUGUCCGCAGCACUACUUCAACCAGCUGCUGGGCAACCGCUCUAGGUUCUUCAUUUCCCUGGCUCAGAGCUCCAAUCUUAAGGGAGGAGCAUCCAAGUCCCAGCCCACAACUGCCGAGGAAAUGGAAACCUUUGUGGCCCUCUCCCUGCUCAUGAGUGACCUGAAGCUGGAUCACCUCUCGGAUUACUGGAGCACUAACAUGUUCUACGGCUUUGUGGGUUUCACUGGAAAGAUGACCCUAGAACGCUAUCAGCAGCUGCUGCGAUGCCUUAACUUUGAUGCAUUGCCCUCUCAAGCGGGCAAGACCAAGUCAAAGGACUUCCCACUCCUAAACUUCAUCAACGAACGCAUGGAGGACCUAUACGUCUGUGGCCAGCAACUGGUGCUCAACGAUCCCAUCACCCUGUGGAAGGGUAAAUUUAGCUAUCAAGAGGAUUUGCCCAACAAAUUUCGCACCAACUCACUAUUGCUGCACAUGCUAACAGAGCAGAGUGGCCUGGUGGUGAAACUUCUGCCGGAGAUUGUGCGGCAGGAGGAUGCUCCGGCAUGGGUACGCAACUCCCGGCAGUUGGUGGAGCACCGAAACAAGUUGGCCCUCAAGCUCAUGGAGGACUACCAGGGAGGACGCACCGUGUACGUCUCAAAGUUCUACGGCAGCUAUGGCCUGGCCCACGAGCUGGCCAAGAGGAGCACCUACUGCACUGGUCUGCUCGACAGGAAUAGAUAUGGCAACAGCAAGGCGCUGGUGCAUCAGCGAUUGGUUAGCAACAGUAUCUCCACUAGCUACGCCACUUCCCUGAUGAUGGCCAAGUGGCGCCGUCGGGCGAAGAGCUUGUACUUCUUCAGCUCCGACUGUUUGGCCAUUUAUGCAAAGGAGUUGUCCAUGCAGAAGACGAACGCAAGGCCCAAGUUGAUCCAGGAGUUGGACUGGCAACUGCGACCUGCCAACGAGAGUCGCCACCACCUGAUCCAUUACCAACCAGCAUGCCAGGAGCUCCCGGCGGACAAGAAACUUGCCAUUUUCCUACUCAACAUCCUCGUCUACAAUGCCUACUUGUUGUACUUGGCCAACGGGCAGAAUCCGCGAGGCGGUCAUCUCAAAAGUUACUCGGAGUUCCGGGUGGCCAUAAUCAAGUCACUCCUAAGGGAAGAAGUGAUCAACGAAGCCGUGGUUGUCAGUCCGCAGAAGUCGGAGGAACCAGAUAAGGUUAGGAACAAGCUGGUGGCUGACUCCAAGAUGAAGACCACCCGGCACGAACCUGUGCUCAUUGAGCAGAAUGGAAAACCAGCACGGAAGAACUGCCGCCAUUGCCACAAAGGCGGGAUGCUGCAGUUUAGCAAGUUCAUGUGCAACUCCUGUCCGGACAAACCGGUGUGCCAGGAGCCAUGUUUCCGGCUCUGGCAUGAGCAGCUCAAGAAAUAAGCAGACGGACAGUUAAGGGGACCAAUUAUUGUAACAAGUGCACCAAAAUGGUUUUCUUAGACUAUUGAUGGACGAAAAAGUCAUAUAACACCAUUUAAAGCUGAUAAUAAAUAUUUUUCAAGUCGAGUUCAACUAUCUAAUAAGAAACCUAACAUGAUUUAAAAUAAAUAGUUUAAAGUAUCCGUAAAUACUUUUAAAUAAA